UGAACCCGUGUUGUUUAAAAGGAAAUGAGCAACAUGAGAGUUAAAGAUAUCAGACCGGCACCUGCCGAAAUUGAAUACAAAAAUAUGAAAUUCCUUAUUACUGAUCGGCCCAAUGACCAGACCAUUCAUACCUUUAUCCAAGAACUGAAGAAGCACAAUGUGAAAGAGGUAGUGAGGGUCUGUGAACCAACGUACAAAGUUGAAGAGCUUAAAACUGAAGGGAUAAAUGUUUUAGAUUUGGUUUUUGAUGACGGUACAUUUCCACCAAAUGAGGUGGUUGAUGAGUGGUUCGAGUUAUUAAAAAACCGAUUCCGUGAGACACCCGAGGCAUGUGUAGCGGUACACUGUGUCGCUGGACUGGGUCGAGCGCCUGUGUUAGUAGCACUUGCUCUAAUUGAACUUGGACUAAAGUACGAGGAUGCCGUUGCUCUUAUCAGAGAGAAGAGACGAGGAGCCAUUAAUUCAAAACAAUUAGCGUACUUGGAGAAAUAUCGUCCAAAGUCUCGACUUAAACUCAAGAACGGCCAGAAGAACUCGUGCUGCGUCCAAUAGAAACUUAUUUUCUUUUUUUAAAGCGGGGUUCUCUUCAAAAAUAACAAUAAUUUAAAAAUCAACUAAAUAAUUGAUAAUUGGCAAAAAAAAAGUUAACUAAUUUUACAUUAAUUGCA